AUGGCUGAGUCCGAACACCUCCGCAUGGCCGCCCAGGCCGAACGAGACCUGAACAGCUACCAGGCCAAGCAGGGUCUUGGACCUAAGAGUGACUCGACCCUCGAAUCGAACGUCAACGAGAUGGUGGACAAGAAAUUCCCUCAGGCGACGAGUGUCAAGACGGGCCGAGAAGCAGGCGCUACGGGAAGCGACAAGAAGCCGAUCCCCGAAGACGAGGGCGGGACCAGAGACGACCGCGGCAGACUUGCUCCCGCCGCGCAGUAUGAGGGGGAGGGAGGCCCGGAAGAUAAGGCCAAGCUUGCAUCUGAGCGCCGUCUUGGUGACCAGGAUACCCUGGGAAUUCAGGACUUGAAGCGUGACGGGCUUGCGUGAGGGAUUGCUAGCUGGAUUGGUUUACUUUGCUCAUGGUGUAAUGGAAUAUUAAUGUACUCAAAUCAUGGUUUUUCAAACAUAUAAUGCUUGAUUGUAGUCCAAGUCGGAAUACUAACCGUAUUGAUGUAUCGUAGUGGAGG